CCCCCACCUCCCAUUCCUACUCCCAAUGCCCCAGGUUCACUGGCUGCGUGUCAUCCUGGACGAGGGCCACCUGCUCGGCUCCACCUCCAUCACCAACCGCCUGCAGGCGGCGAUUGCGUUGCGCGCGGAGCGCAGAUGGGUCAUGACAGGCACGCCCACGCCCGCCACGCCCGGCAGCAGCGCCGCACACCUGCAGCCGCUGCUGGCGUUCCUGAGGCACAGCCCCUACGGCACCAACGCCGCCGCCUGGCAGGCCGCCAUCCAACGCCCGCUGGACAGCUGUCGUCCCGAGGGGCGGCGGCGGCUGCUGGCGCUGCUGCGGCAGACCAUGAUCAGGGCCAGCAAGUCUGAGCUGCUGCUGCUGCCGCGCCUGGUGCGGCGUGUGGCGCUGUUGGACUGGGAGCCGGCCCACGCCGCCAGCUACAACGAACUGGUGGAGGAAAGCAGCCCCGACGCCAGGCAGGGAGCGUCGGGCCAGGAGCGCGGCAUGUGGUAAAGGGGAAGUGCAAAAAUCGGAAGUGCAGGGCACAGUGCAAGGGCCGAGGUGCGUCGGCAGUAGGAUAAAGAAGGGAUAACAAAGACAAGACUACACACAAGCCCAGGCGGCGAAAGAGGCAGAGAGGGUGUGAGGCACGGGUUAAGAGGUAGAUGUGGGUGGCAUGGGGACCGGUUAGGGGAGAGAUGACGGGGUGCUGGGCAGUGUGCGGGCCGCGUACGGCUCCCCACAGGCACUGCCAGCCUGGAUGCCCCGCACGCAUAGGGGGCAUCCAGAUGCAGGGACGGUCAGACGGGGGCAAGCGCGGGGCGGGUAGGCGGCAAGCACAGGCAGGCGACAAGGUGGGGUGUCAGGGGUGUCAGCGGGUACUCACGGGGUUCCCGUGGCGGGGGGGCGUGGCAUACGGCAGAGGUGUGGUCCAGUAAGGUUUGGUCCGGUCCGGUACGACAUCUUGUGGUCCGGUAUGGUAUGGUCCGGUGUGGUCCGGUGUGUAUGGUCCGGUAUGUAUGGUCCGGUGUGGUAUGGUGAGCGGGGGCAGUUAUUUGCCCGAAAUAGGUCCU